UGAUAGGCAGCCCGAGCCACAGGCGGCUACGCUACUUAAGUGCACGCAGCGAGUUUGCAGAAGACGUGAUAAAACUAGUGAAUUAUCUAUUAGGCAACAAUGGGUCGAAUGUGUGCAUAUCCAGGAUGCGACAACAAAAUGUCAACUUGGACGAAAUACAGUUUCCACCGGCUUCCUCUCUGCAAUCGGGAUGUUUUGAAACUAUGGCUCGUUGUCUUGAAAAUGGACCCCAAAAUCACUAUUCCUCGCUUACGGCGACUGGAUUAUCGAGUAUGCAGUGCCCACUUCUCACCAGAGGACUUUUUCCCCCUAAGGGAAAUGAAAGAGGGUCAGAGAUUUCAACACCAGCACAUCAGAAAGAAUGUUGUGCCGCUGGCCGCCGAGGAGCACACACAGAAAGCAGGGACGAGAGAUGUCGCCUGCCAGUACAGCCCGACUCAAAGGGACGUUUUCAUUCAGACCUCAAAGAGCUCCAUUCCAACAAAAGGCAGUACCCAUAGUAAAGCUAGCCACUCAGUGGCUGUGGGCUGCUCAAUGGCCGAGUUCACUGAGCUGGGGCUUACAUCAAGACCAAUCAGAAGUAAAAGAAAAAGAGUACAGUUGGAGGAGUUGAGCACAGAAUCCAACAACGGACGAGAAAACACAGAUGACGCCUUUAAAUCCAGGAGGUGCUCUGUCGUCGGAUGUGAUUCAUGGCAUCGUGGAGCGCAGUGCUUCAGUCUAGCAGCAGAUCCAGAUAAGAGACUGGAGUGGGUCCAGUUUCUUUUUGUGGUCAAUGGUCAGAGAAUUCAAGAAUCCUCAUGGGUUGACAUCAGAGUUUGUGCUGAACACUUCACACCUAGCUGUUUUGUCCAAGUGAAUCCAGCUACUAGCAUCGCCCUGCUGAAAACAGAUGCUAUCCCAUCAGUGUAUAGGCCUGCUGAUCCAGAGGUGAAAGAGAUGACGUCUGCAGAUGAGAUAGACCCGGUCUUAAAGAAAGUCCAAAUGAUGGAUGAAUCUAGUGAGCCAGAUCAGCACAGGGAUUCAGAUGACAACUGGGAGCCAGAGGACGAGUCUUUGAUUUUGGAUUCUGAUGACAGCUGGGAGCCAGAGGACGAGUCUUUGAUAUUGGAUUCUGAUGAGGAUUAUAUUUCUUCUGACGAAGACACAGAUGAUUCUGCUCCCAAACACAAGGAGCUCUGCACAGAAUGUGGAAAGUUAUUUAAAACAAGGAGGCCUCACAUUUGCGACUAUAAAAUUAAGCCCUUCCCUUGUAACAUCUGUGGGAAGAGGUGUGUCAGUGAGCAGGCUUUAGCAAUCCACAGCAACAUACACAAUCCAAACCAUCAGUUCCUAUGCAAAUUCUGCCUUGCUGGGUUCAAGACUAAAACUAACAAGAAUAACCAUGAACAGAUCCACUCUGGUGAAGAAAGACCUUAUAAAUGUCCCCACUGUUCUGAGAUGUUCGACACGUUCAAGAACCGCCAAGUCCAUAUGAAAGAUCACCCAGAACGAGGUCUGCUAAAAUGUCACAUUUGUGGGAUGGAAUUUUCGUAUUUUAAUGUUUUCCAGAGACACCUGCUGGUGCAUACGAGAGAAAAACCAUUCAAGUGUUCAGUGUGUGACCGAGGCUUUAACCAGUCUGGCCAUCUGAAGUCCCACAUGCGUAUGCACACAGGGGAGAGGCCUUACAAGUGUCAGCACUGCAACAGAGGCUUCAAUCACAACGUGAGCUUGAAGAGUCACCUCAAGCGUUUCCACACAGAGUCUGAGAAUCAGAAGAAGACUGCAAACCUGGGGGGAUCCGUUGGAGGUGACCCUGAGGGUGAAAGAGGCACAGACUCAUUGAAUGACAUUGUACAGGAUGAUCACACUGCAGAAGAGGAGGUGUGGACUGGUGGAGGAGGGUUUAGAAAGAGAACCACAGGCAGACCCAUCGGGAGACCAAAGAAGAAGAUCAAAGACACAACAGUUGAAGAGGAAAAACAGCAAAGACAAGAUAAAAACACUGAUACCGCCAAAAGAAGAAACCGGAAGCCAAGAAAGAGACAGUACAGUAGUGAAGAUGAUGAAGAGGAGCUGUGUGAAAUUGAGUAAUCCUUGGACCUAACAGAGGACGAGGAGAAGAACAAUGAAAAAGUGACAUCAAGGCAGAAACAAAAUGAGGACUUAGACUUUGACCCCACUGAAAUUAAGAACAGGGGAAAAAAACAAAGUCUGUAAGACCCCAAAACAUUACUGUGAAUUUCUUUAUAUAUUUUAUUAGGUUUAGGCUUGAUGAAUAUCUGAAUUAGAUAUCCUACUAAUUUGUCUGUACAAGUGUUUAUGUAACAAACACAAACUGGAGAGACGGGCACACAUGAAUGAUCCGUUUUAAUUGAUCCGCUGGCACUAAAUCCUUAAAAUAUUUUCUGGAUACAAACAGCAAUCUGGCCAAACACCAAAAUUGAACUGUUUCUUAAAUUUACCACUGCUUGGUGGAAGCUAUAAGCCACAUGUUCAACGGGAUUAGUUGUACAGAGGAAAAGAACAAAUAAAAACUGUUUAAAAAAAAAAAAAAUACAACAGCACACCAAGCAAUCGCACCUGCUUGAUCCCGGUUCUCCUGCCAAACAUUUAUUAAAAAAAAAAAAAAGCUGACCUCCAUCCAGCGUAGAACCAAAACUAUUAGACGUAUACAGGUUCAGACAGCUUCAAACCUUUUUAGGCCGGUGGACAAAAAUGCAUUACAUUUUUUUUGUCAUCUUACUUCUAACUGCUUAGGCUUAUCUUUGUUGCUUCUUCAAGGUAUAUGGUUUAAUAAUUGUCAGAAAUUUUUACCUCUCUAGAAAAAUAAAGUUCUAUAUACAACCA